UGAGAGAGUGUGUAUGUGCGAGCAAGCAAGAGGGGGAGAGAGAAGUGCGGUAGACGAAAUCACAUCGUAGGAGAAAGAAAAUGUGACAAAAAACAAAAGGCAGCAUAGUCAUUUGAACUGUGCGACAGGUUUAACAUAAACUUUCCUGUCGCACCAACUUUGGCCAAGUCGGUGGGAACCUGGUGACCCACUGUACGCCCCGAAGCGGCUUGACAAGUUGGCAGAGGGAAAAAAAGGACUCGCAUCACUAUUUUUAAAUGGGUACAGUGAGAUUUGGGGGGCGUGGACGGUAGAGGAGCAGCAGUGAGCAUGUUUGCUCUUGGCUGCAGUUCCAGUGUGGUGAUGUGCCGGCUGGAAGAACUGGACUACGCGUAGUCUGAGCAGUUGGACGCGGAACCGUGCAUUUGCCGUCAAUCGUCGGCAGCAGACUUUGUCAUUUUAAGAUCGUUUGCAGUGUUUGGAUUUAUUUCUUCAACCCUCUGCAGUUUGGCGAUACAAACGACUUAAAUAAGGAGCAUAAGCCGUGAAAACGUUGUUUUUAAGACGCAGCAGUGUGCGUAACGGACGAAAUCUAGUCGAGCAGCUAUUUGAAUAACAAUAGUUUGAGGCAACUGCUUAUUUGUUUAAGAAAGCCUAAUUAUUGGAACUGACUGCGCAUGGUAAGUCACCGUGGGCGAGAACAAAUGAUGUUAAAAUGACAUUUGGGAUUUGAAAGCUGUGUCAAGUGAAACUGAAGUGAUCUUCAUUUGUAAAUAUUGACAGGUGUUACAGUCCUACUGACUGUCAGGCUGAGCCUUUAAUUCACUCACGGCACUGUUCUUAUGUCUUAAAAGACUGCGGACUCAUUUGGUUGGGGAUGGUAACCAAACAUUUGGUAUGGAUAAUCCAAAAAUUGUUUAAUCCAGUUGUCUUUAUUUCCCUAAUACUCGGUGAAAGCGCACAUUGUUAUCAACGGCCUUUUAUAAUGCGUUUGAAACGCCGAAUGGGAAAGUAACUAUCACUUUAGUGUCUUCUUCCCUCCGAGUUGUAGCCAAUCUGGCAACAGCCAAAAUGACAAGCAACGGACCUGUCAUCGUCUACGAGUGGCUCAAGACCCUCCAGCUUGCCCAGUAUGUCGAGUCUUUUGUGGAUAAUGGAUAUGACGAUCUGGAGGUUUGCAAACAAAUAGGAGACCCCGACCUGGAUGCCAUCGGCGUCUAUAUCCCUCAUCACAGGCAGAGGAUUCACGACGCAGUGAGGAGGCUAAAAGAGGAAGCCCAAGAGACGGCCAGUGGACUGUACUUCACCCUGGAGCCGAUGCCACCCGCAUCAGAGAUUUAUACCAGUCACAUGGUGGACCAGUAUGAGUCCAAACUGCGGGGAUCCAAGUCUUGGACCGAGCCCAACAGUGACCGGUUUGGGCGCAACGGUGGGUACAUGGGCGCGCAGAGGAACCUGACGCUGGGCAACAGGAGGGAGCUGGUGAUUUAUCCCAAGCUGAAGCUGAAGAUCAUGAUCAGGGAUAAGCUCAUCAGAGAUGGCAUCAACCUCGCCAAGCCGCCCUAUUCUAAUAAGGAUGGUUCUCUGGGCAACAUAGAUGACCUUGCCCAGGAGUACUCUGAGUACUACAACACCUGCUUCAGUGACGUCAGUGACCGCAUGGAAGAGCUACGCAAAAGACGAGUCUCCCAAGAGAUUGACAUGGAGAAACAGGACCCAAGCAGCACAUCCCUGCAGCUCCGUACAGAGAUCCAGGAAUCAUUAGGCUUCAGCAGUGAGGUGUCCACUCCAGAAACAGACAGAAAAAUGCCCCUGCACAAAUCCAGCUCUGAAGAUGGAUCUGGAGGUAAAUGGGACAAUAAGAAGAAGAACAAAUCCUUUUGGCAGAACUUCCGCAAGUCUCAGCACAAACCAGUCAUGCGACAGACAUCCAAAGGAGAAGACAUAGGCUACGUGGCCAGUGAGAUCACCAUGAGCGAUGAAGAGCGAAUCCAACUAAUGAUGAUGGUGAAAGAGAAGAUGAUCACCGUUGAAGAAGCUCUAGCUCGGCUGAAGGAGUAUGAGCGCAGCAGACAGUCCAGUAGUACUGACACUGCAGAGUGGACUGACGGAUCUGCAACCAAUCUAAACCAGUCCUCAAACUGCAACUCUCGUGAACAGUCAGACGAUGAGCAAUCAGAGGACUCUGUGAAGUUCAAACGGCUUCACAAGCUGGUUAACUCCACACGCCGGGUCAGGAAAAAACUCAUCAAGGUGGAGGAGGGCAAGAAACAUGGCUCUGAAGAGCUUCUGAAUCUGGAGACACCUCCCACCUGUGAGGACAACACAGCUCUGUAUACAGGGGUCCUAAAGAAGCCCUCUUUGCCCCAGGAGAUCUCCCUGCCCUCCCUCACCCAGGAUCAACUCUCUCUGGAUGGAGACACAGACAGUCUGACCAACUCCCCUUCCUCCAGCAGCCUGGACACCUGGUCCGGACACAAGCUGGUCAAAACCUUCAGUAAAUCUUCUAGUACCCACGGCCUCAUCCGUCCACCCAAGAGAACCCCAAUUGGCUCCGGGGGCUCCAUCUCCGGCGUGGGAGGUAGUGGCUCAUCCUUCUCAGAGCUGGAUGGCUGUGGAUUGGACGACGAAGGAAAGCUGUCGCGCUCCACAACCGACGGCGAGAUGCGGAAGGCACUGAGCUCCAUCUCCCAUGGGGUAAGUAACAACGAGGCUCUCUAUGCCUACUAUGGCCUCACCAAACCUCGCCCCAAACCCCCUGCUCAGUCCCGCCUCCUGAUAUCCCUGGAUGACGGUCCACAAGGCAGCCCCAAACACCAACCUGCCAACCGGCACCAUGGCAGCUGGACGCACCGGAAACCUGACCCCAACUACGCUUACUCCACAAAGCACCUACUGUAUCAACGCUCGCGCAACGCCAAGACCCCUAUCUCCCCUCUGUCUGUCACCCCCUCCUCCCCUGCCCGCUGUGAUGUAGCCAAAUCAAAAGGUUUUGGAAGUGGGGGAGGGGGCUGGGUGUUCCCUUCUCGCAGGCUGCGUGGUCGAACGGCAGUCAGUGAGCUGAACAUCACCUAUGUGGUAGAACGGAGCCUGUAUGGUCACCUCAACUGGGCCCAGCUGGUCCGUCCAGUUACCCUCAGCCGCGCUGAGCGCCGCUGUCUUUUGGAGGAGGACCGCGAGGCAGACAGGAAGUGGGCGGCCAGUGUGGACCGCUGCACCAAGCGUGUGCUCUUGCGCAUCCAGCAGAAGUCUAGAACAUGCAGCUUCGGAGGCUUUGACCUGUCUAACCGUUCACUCCAUGUGGUCAACACAAGCUCCGAGGCCAAUAGUAAGGAACAGGAGGCUAUAUACAGAGAAGUGGUCAAAUCCCCCACUACGUCUCGGAUCUCACUGGGCAAGAAGGUCAAGUCGGUCAAGGAGACGAUGAGGAAACGCAUGUCGAAGAAGUACAGCAGCUCCUUGUCUGAGCAGUCCAGUCCGGAUGGAGCCCCUGGCUCCCCUCAGUCCCCUCAGCCUGACACUGACUCGCUGGAGAAGCCGAAGCUUAAGGCCGGAGGCUCUGUGGAAAGUCUGCGUAGUUCACUCAGCGGACAGAGUUCAAUGAGUGGUCAGACAGUGAGCACCACUGACUCGUCAGCCAGUAACAGAGAAAGUGUGAAGUCAGAGGAUGGUGAUGACGAAGAGCCGCCUUAUAGGGGACCGUUCUGUGGCCGUGCCCGAGUUCAUACAGACUUCACCCCCAGCCCCUACGACACAGACUCCCUCAAACUGAAGCGCGGUGAUGUGAUAGACAUCAUCAGUAAGCCACCCAUGGGAACGUGGAUGGGCCUGCUGAACAACAAAGUGGGCACCUUCAAGUUCAUCUAUGUGGACGUACUGAGUGAAGAAGAGGAGAAGCCCAAAAGGCCUGUGCGGAGAAGGAGGAAGGGCCGACCUCCCAAACCCACAUCAGUGGAGGAGCUGCUGGAGCGCAUCAACCUCAAGGAGCACAUGCCCACUUUCCUGUUCAAUGGCUACGAGGACCUGGACACGUUCAAGUUGCUGGAAGAGGAAGACCUGGAUGAGCUGAACAUCAGAGAUCCUCAGCACAGAGCCGUACUGCUCACAGCUGUAGAGCUGCUACAGGAGUAUGACAGCAGCAGUGAUCCAGAGCGCAGCGGCCUGUCGGGCUCCCAGGAGAAACUGCUGUCUGAGGGUCGGGGCCUGGUGGGAGACUCCCCACGAGACUCUGGGUGCUACGAGAGCAGUGAGAACCUGGAGAAUGGUAAGAGCAGAAAGGCUUCCCGUUCCAGUCGUUCUUCAGCAGGCCUCCAGUCUCCAGACUACCCCACCCUGCCCAUGACCCUUUCAACAGAGGCUCUGCAGCAGAACAGCAAGAACCAGCGCACAAAGUUCCCAAAAAGCUUAUUCAUCAAACCCUCCCUGAAGGGCUUCAACCUGCUGGGGCUGCGCAAAGCCCAAAGACAGUCCUCCUUCCCAGCCAGUCGCAGCUGUGAGGACCUGGAUGGACCCCCACAGCCCACUGUACCCUGGAAACGCUCCCACUCUCUGGGAGAUCUGCACUGGGAGCAGAACUUUGAGCAGAAGGAUCUGGGUGUGGAGCUUAAACUCAUCAAGGAAGGACCCAAAUCAGGCAACGGUAGCCCUAACAAGGUCUGUAGAGAUGAGGGUUCCCCAGCUCGGAAUGGGACUCCAACACUGAGCCCAAAAGGUAGGGCUGACAGACCACCCGUGCCCUCAGAGCUUCCUCUCCGUCUCCCUUGUCGCAUGACCCAGCCCCCCAACCCUCCAGAGCCCCUUUCCAGUCCUACUCCAAGUACCCCUGAGUAUAAUGCAAGUGGGGAGAGGGUCAUCCGGACUCACCCCAAAAAGCCUCCAGUCCCUCCUCCCGUUCCAGCUAAGAAGUCAAAGGAAAGACUAGCCAACGGCCUACGUCACCCCCCUCUCUCCCUGCCCUCCUCGCCAUCUCCCACUCCCUCCCCUACUCACUCCCUCACCCGCUCUCACCCCAGUAGCCCUAUAAUCCGCAGCCCCAGCCCCAGUGCCCCUGCUCUGCCUGCCAAGACCCCAAGCACCCCCGCCAGCCCCUGUGCCACCUCAUCCGCCUCAUCCAUGGGCGAGGAGUCAGGCACUCCACCAGCAGUGCAGCCUCCGUGGCUCUCAGAUCUGGGGGGCAAGGUGGCUGUUGCAAGGAAGGUUUCCCAUGCCAAGAUGAGUCCUGACCUGCUCACCCUCCUGGAACAACGGCUGGAGGCUGAGGGCAUCGAUCUUACGGAGGAGCCCUACUCUGACAAGCAUGGCCGGUGUGGCAUCCCCCAACCGCUGGUGCAGCGUUACUCCGAGGACUUGGAGCAGCCUGUCAAGGAGGUGGCCUCUAUCAUGGACCAGCUUCGAGUCAAAGAACUCCGUAAACAACACCGUAUGGCUAUCCCUUCUGGAGGUUUGACAGAGAUGUGCCGGAAGCCUCUGCCCUCAGGUAACAUCAGCACGGUCUCUGAUUGGCUCACCUCCAUCGGCCUGCCCAUGUACACCACAUCUCUGGCGGCGGCAGGAAUUGACACGCUGAGUCGUGUGGCCUUGUUAACAGAGAGCAGUGUGUGGGAAGCGGGGGUGCGGGAUGAAAGACACGUCCGCAGGCUGGUCAGCAAGGCACGAUUGGUCAAUGCACAUGGAGAUGUGCAGUCUUAACCAUGUUGGUGGAGUCAUAUAAAAUAACAGGUAUCAACUCACUGGUCAGUACUAUCUCAUUUAAACAUGGUCAGUAGGUGGCCAAAGGCAAAUUCACAGGACUCGACGAUCACCGAGUGACCACAGCACUACAGUACUUCCUGUCUCGCACGUGUCAAAAUACUCAAGUGAGCCACCCUGCUCUCUGAUUUUUCUCUCUUUAUCACUCUGUCUUUUCUCAAAUGUUUACGGCAUUGAAGAGUUUCUCGUAACAGCCAAGACAAGAUCUCAAUUGCCUUUUUAAAAAAGACUGUAGACUCACUCUGUGGGAUGGCUUCCAUUCUGAAGACACCCCCAAAGUCUUAAAAUAAAGACUUGGAUCUGCCUUGAAGGAAGAUUGCACACUCUUUUGUAGGAUGGAUGUUUUUUAAAUACAGAAAAGACAGUUUACUUCCUGAAUAUUUCAUAAGUGCUUCAUUUUCAUCUUUUGUGGCAAGGCAACAUUAUCUGAGGGUCUUUUUAAGGAAUUAGCUUGGCCAAAGUGAUUUACUUCUCAUUCAGCAUUUCAUUCCCACUAAUAGGUUCAUAAUGACAAUGACAGAAUUCACUUAAUAUCUGGACUUUUAAUCAACUAAAUACAUACACCAAACUAUGAUUAACUGGUGGUUUUGAGAUGGCUUAUUUUGUAUAAUGUUUCUGUAUUAUAGCAUAACGCAUAUCUGAAUUUUAAAAUGAUUUAUAUGUUAAAAUUUGUGUUUGCCUUUUGAAUGUUGCAGCCUUAUUUUGAGUCCAGCUCUCAGUCAUUGCUAAACUGAAACAGCUGACAUCACACCUUUAUAUUUCAUAUUAUACUGUAUGUCCUAUUUCACUGCAUAUCUUGGAUGCACACCCUGCUCCGAUGUGAGUACAAGUCUUACAGAAAGCUCUGUUUUACUUCAGUAAUCACAAUCAGCUUUCACAGCAACAAUACAUUCCCCUGUGUAUCCAAGCACAUAUUAAGUUGCCUUACCAUUAUGAAUGAAUAGCUUCAUCAAAUAGAACAUAUGUAUAGUAUUGACUAUACCAUGACUAAGGCUGAACUGUGCUAAAGGUGCAAGCCUUUUUGUGCUGAAUGUGUCCAACUCUGAGAAAUAAUUGAGAUUUUAUGAACACACUUUCAUUCAAUCAGAUCAUUUCAUUGAUGCACAUGGAUGUGGACCACAAAACAUGCCUCUGAUGGAUUGUGUUUUCUAUACUUGUGAAGCCCAGAUUAUAAACCACAAAACCACACGGACGACACAGACGUCGUCCCAUGUUUAACAUCCCUUUAACAUCCCAACUCAUUCACUGUACAUGUUCCAUGCAGAGUGUUGUGGGACAAGCAAGGGAGGAGAAAAUAAAAAUGUUCCAAAGACACAGUUGACAUCUGGGCUGUCAUAUCUGGAAUUUAUUGGACUGUCUACACUUUGGUUACAGUGAUGAGGAAUUUGAUUUACACCUUGGGACUUUUUAAACACAUUAUACUGUAGCUAUAAUCAGUGCUGGUCUGAAAUUCUUAAUUGAACUUUUGCCAAACACAGAGGAUAGAUGGUAAAACCAGUUACAUCAGGUGAAAAGCAGACCUCCAAGGUCAGCAUACACUAUGACACUAAAUAGUCUUGCAAAUCAGGGAAAUACUGCAUCGGGUAAGCCUGUUACAAAAACUAUGGGCCAAAAACUGAACUGAAAACAACCAGAAACUCAUUUCAUUUGCGCACAUUGCAUGAAAUGGAGUUUUUUAAAAAUCCUCUUUUGUUUUUUUCCUCUUAUUUCUAACAGUAAAGUUCUAUCAUUCAUAGUCUGAACUGAAGAUUUAUUCCAUGGAUUCCAUAUUUAAAAAUUUGACCAAGUGUUAUUGCAUUAGAGGAUUUUUUUUUUGCAGUGGGCAUUUCAUAGAUAGAUGUUUGAUGCCUUUUUUCUCUUCAAUCAAAGUGGUGCUCUGAGAAUGCGAGGGUGGGAGUCAUUAAUAAAAAAAGUGUUUUGUAAAGAAUGAAAAUACUGACACUGUAAAUGCACUUUAGAGGGUAAAUCUAGCUGUUUAAUAGGCAAAAUUGGCUACAUUUUGUUCACAGGUCCAUAAAUGGACAUUUGUUGUCAGGUAUUGUAAAGGUUUUCAAUGGGUUAUGCUGGUAUUUUAUUUUAGUAUUGAAUUCCCAAUGCCAAUUUUAAUAACCAUUCACGGGUUAACCUGUUCCAGUUAUUUGCUUCCAGUUUGUUGUUGCAGUCUUACAAAGAUAAAUUCUUAAUUACAUAUAUGAAAUGCUUAGCAGAAGUUGCACAUUCUAUAUAUGUAAUUGAUAUUUAAAUAACUUAUUUUUGCUUUUUUUCAUAUCAACUGUAAUUAGCUGUACUAUAUGAAUAGCAAUACCUUCCUGCAUAAUGCAUAUUGCUUUAGCCAGUGAGGAACUACAGUAUGUAUUGUAAAAUAUGUGUACAAAUUAUUUUAUUUGGUUUUCAUCUACCUAAUGAUUGUCCAUACAGAUUUGCUUGUGUAUUGAAACAACAAAAGUAAUGUCCAUAGCUAUUUGUCAUUCUGAAAUAUAAUAAAAACUGUUUCUUGCCAUA